AUCUGAAUAUGUAAAUUUUGGACUGUUGAUGCUUCAAACAUAUAGUCAAAAGAAAGAAAAAAAAAAAGUGAAGCUGCAAAACAUUGCCUCAAUUGCCACGAAGUUGAAGAAGUGUAAGAGUAGGCACAAUCCAAAAUGGAUUACAGAAUAAAUGUCCAGCAAAGACAAAAAGAGUAAGCCUUCUUCAUAUAUAGCUGUUCACAUUCAACAAUUCUCUCCUUCUGGGCGUUACAUAAGUUUCUUCUCUUUUUCUUCAGGUGCUUAAGCUGUUGAAAGGAAAUGACUCACACUGGUGAAGCUUCUGAGGGCCAUAAAGCUGAAGGCAUUGAUACGACGAUUGAGAUAAAAGUAAAAACUAUGAGUUCUGAAACCCACAAUUUGCGUAUUAGCAAUCAGAGGAGAGUAUGGAACUUGAAAGAACACGUAUAUCUUUUGAUUGGGAUGCCAAUGGAACAACAGCGUCUAAUCUAUUGUGGAAAAGUCUUACAGGAUGAUGACCUCCUUUCUUCAUACAAUAUUCAACAUGGUGAUACUUUGCAUCUGAUUUGCACUGUCCAGAGCAUGUCAUCCUUUGCUGCUACUGAUGAGAUUUCUCCAGAUACUCAACAGGAAAUCCCCAACUCUAUAGAAAGUUUAUCACGAUAUCUCAGCAUAAUGAGACGAGAAUAUAGUAUGAACGGAACAGAAAACAAUACGAAUGAGGUACUCGGAAGUGCAUCCAAUACUUUCACUCCUUCACAAGGAAUUCCAGAAGUAGAACAAUUAGCAAGACUGCUGUCGUCCACUAGGGAUAUGCUUAUUAGCCAAACUGCACAGCGCUUUCUCGAAUUGGAAAGGGAUCUGCGCCAAAAUCUGAACGUGGGUGAUCCGAGGGUGCGCCAGGGAACCCAGUUAAAUGCACAGACAACAAUCGGAACAAUGUUCAACAAUCUAGGUGCAUAUUUUCUUGAACUUGGCCGCGCAGUGAUGGGAGUCCAAAUGGGUGACAAUGCGAGUCAUGCCGUAGUUAACGCUGGCCCUGCAGUCUAUAUAACCGACUCGGGUCCACUGUCCAUCCAGGAAGAACUUUAUUCUGUGCUGCUCUCAACAAUACACAGGCUGAUCAACUCUGGUUUAGUAAGUGAUAAUGAUACAAGGCUGCACCAGAGGCAAGUCGGUACACAAAUGAUAGGAGGUGCAACUGUGAAUAAUGUCGUUGACAACGCAGGGAUAUUAGGUGUAUCUUCUGGACCAUCAAUUAUAGAAGCAAGAAGUGCUUAUGAAUCAGCUGGUGAACCUGCUAAUGAAGAUGUUGGGACCUCUCAUCGACAAACAGCUGAUUUUGCUGAAAGCCCAUCGCAUGCAAAACGACAAAGGAUGGAGUGAUGCCUUUGUUGUGGGAGCCUAUUUUGUUGUAGUACAUCAUGUGUUUGGGGUAUGAUCAGCUGACGACAACAUGUUCCCAAUUACUAAUAGAUAGUUAAAUCAGUCUUCUCUGUGGAACUUUGUAGUUAUUUUCUUGUCUGUUUUGUGACGAUUUUUCACUGAAUUGAUCUUCCCUUAAAAACCUUUGACAAAGGAUUUUAAGCUUUCUGCUCA